AUGAAUCCUUUAAUGUUGUCAGCUUUGUUGGUCUUCGUUCUCGCCAAAACGGUCCAUGCUACGUAUCGACAAACCUGCAAGAACAUCAUCUUCAACAAGAACGACCCCAUGACUGGAGGCCGACCUUCGUUGACCGCCGACUGCCCGCAAGAAGAUAACGGCUUUGUCCUCUGCACCAAGCUCGACUUGGGAUUCUGCUACGCAAACCUAAGCGGCAAGUUGACGGCGCAGAACAGCGACGACGCGCGGCAAGGCUUCGGAGCCACAUGCUGGGACUGCGUGUUCGCUAUUAACACCCUUCAGUGUGUUUGUCCAGGUCCGAACAAUAGCCGUGACACCACAACAAUCAACACAGAUGAACUCAUUGACAACAACAAUGGCUACCUCAGGUGCUUUAAUCACCUCUCCAAACCCAAUUGUGGUGGAUAG